AUGCCUCGGCACGGGCCCCGGCACGACUCGCACCACCACCGACCCGGACACCACGGCGGCGAACGGCACCACAACGCCACACGUUUUGCCGCUUUGGCAGACCUGCCUGCGGCGGCGCCCGGCGGUGUGCUUGAGCGGCUGCAGCAGUCCUUUGCAGACGAGCAUCUCGAGCUGGCGGUGCUGCUCGGUGCGAGCCUGCUGUGCUUGGCCGCGUGGGCGUGCCUUAGCUUCACCGCAGCCGUCCCUGCCUCGCCGUGCGCCCAGCCCAUCUCCAAGGCGGUCUCGUCUGAGAGGCUCGUCGAGCCAGUGGUCGAGGGCAAGCCGGUGCCGUCGAGCCGAGGCGACACGACGGUGUACCGGAGGCUGCGCAACCGGUACCUGGUGGCCUACUCGCUGGCCACCUUUGGCGACUGGAUCCAGGGCGGCUACCUCUACGCGCUCUACGCCAAUCACGGCUACUCGAUGCAUCAGAUCGCGCAGCUCUUUGCGGUCGGCUACAGCUCUGCAGCGACGCUCGGCACGUACACGAGCGCGAUCGGCGACGUGGGCGGGCACCGGCGCAACUGCGUCGCGUACGGCAUCCUCUACGCCGGCUCUUGCCUCCUUGCCAACUCUCCAGCCGGCCUCCCUAGAAGUGGAAGACGACAUUCGUACGCGGGCCUCGCCCUCGCGGCCAGCCGGCUGCUCGGCGGCAUCUCGUACUCCAUCCUCUUCACCUCGUUCGAGUCGUGGCUGAUCGCCGAGGCCGAGGCGUGCGAGCUGCCACGCGGCCAGCUCACCCAUAUCUUCGCCGCAUCCUCCUGCGUCUACGCCUUCUCCGCCGUCGUCGCCGGGAUCGUCGGCCACGUCGUCGUCGAGCUCUCGCCGCCGUCGGCCGAGGGGGGGCACAACCGAUUCGCUGCUCCCUUCAACGUCGCCGCGCCCGUGCUGCUGCUCGCCUCCUUCCUGUGCCAGGUGCAGUGGAGCGAGCGGUACGGCGACAGGCGGACGACGCCGAGCGCGUCGCUGCUCCGCUCGUGGCGUGCGAUCGUCGCGAGCCGCACGCUGCUAGCUCUCGGCGUGGUCAACUCGCUCUACGAGACGUCGCUCUACGCCUUCGUCUUCAUGUGGACCCCCUCGCUCGAGCGCCGUGCGCCGCACCAGAUCUCGCACGGGCUCAUCUUCUCCAUCUUCAUGGUGAGUAAGAUGGCGGGCGCGCAGGGCUUCGCGCUGCUCGACGCGUACGGCGUCUCGCCCACCAGUUGCCUGGGCGGUGUGUUUGCGGGCUCCGCGCUCUGCCUGCUGGUGCCUGUCGUCUCGAGCUCGUACGAGGCGCUGCUGCUCGCCUUCUCCGCCUUCGAGUGCCUGCUCGGGCUGUACUGGCCGGCCAUCGCGCUCGUGCGGGCCGGCGAACUGGACGACUCGCAGCGCGCGUCGACCAUGGCCGUCUUCCGCGUGCUGCUCAACGGGCUCGUCAUCGCCGUCCUGCUCGGCGCGGGGUAUGUGCCCGAGCACGCCGUGUACGCCACCGCCUCCGCGAUGCUCGUCGUCUGCCUGCUCGGCUCGCACGUGCUGGCGAUGCCGUCCGACGCGCACGGCGAGAGCAGAGGCGGCUCGGGUGCGUCCUCGGAGGUGGUGCCGAUCAUCGCGGUGCCGGAGAGGGGGGGGCUCUUCAAAAAGAGGUCCCCGACCGAGAGUCCCGAGCUGGACGACGCGGAGUGAGAGUGUGGCGCCUCCCUCGCGCCUCGGGCGGGGAGGGGAGAGUGUCGUGGCGGGGCGCCGGGCCUGAUCCCCGGCAGUACUGGUUUGAUAUAGCACGGAGUCCUCUCGCUCCAGUGCAGUACGGAGUGUGUGUCGCAUCGCAUUUCAGUGAUGCCCCAAAAGUCUGAAAAA